AUGAAGAUUCCGUUCGCCCCGGAUUCAGAUGCUUGUCGUUCAGACACAUCUGGAGAUGGCGCUAUACGGGAAGUCCCGAAUUUGGAAGCUAGUCGAUCAGGCGCAUCCAAUAUAAGAUAUGGACUAAAGUCAUCUGGUCCCGAGAAAAUAUUCGAUAGUGGUUCCCCUCGAACAGCUAAUUCUUUAGCCUUCGAUGGUACACCUCGACCGGAUACCCCUCGGCCAGCCACCGACUUGGUUGCUUGUCGCUCAGGCGCACCCAGAAAAAGGAGAAGACUGCAGUCUCCGGACUCAGGAUCAAUCAUGGAUGUUGGUCGAUCUGGCACAUCCAUUAGAAGGAUACUACCGUCCGCCCCGGAUUCAGAUGCUUGUCGUUCAGGCACAUCUGGAGAUGGCGCUCAACGGAAAGUCCCGAAUUUGGAAGCUAGUCGUUCAGGCGCAUCCAAAGCUGGGAAAUCUCCUCGUGCUCCGGAUUCAGAUGUUAGUCGUUCAGGCACAUCUGGAAACGGAUUCAUCCGGGUAGUCCCUAACUUGGAUGCUAAUCGCCACGCAUCUGUUAACGAGUCUGCACAGUUAGAUUCUGAUUCUAAUGCCCCUCGACAGCGUAAUACCGAGAUAAUGGAUGACUUGACGAAGCCAUCAGGUUCCGCGAUCUCUCAUGGUGACAUAGUACCCCAAGACACUGCUAAUCACAGUCCAGGGGUCAGUUAUCCAAUGAUGUCUUCUCGCCCUGACAGCGUUGAUCAUGCGAAAACUCGCUUACCAAUCCACCGUGUCCGACAAUACCAACCUCGCAAAGCGAAAGCUAAGCUUGCACGUUAUGUUCACAUAACGCAAGCAGCCGGGCCUCAGACCCCCCGGAGUGUUGACAGUCUCCUGGUCCCCGAAUCAGGUUCCUGUCCCACUCCAAACUAA